UUCCAGGAGAAACAAUUUGGAGUUUACUUCCUAUAAUUUUUAUAUGUGAAAAGAAGGUUUAGCCAAUAGUUAAGAAAGGUGAUUUUUCUUCCGCCAAGGAUGCCCUGCCCCUGUUUGUCAGGCGCUACCUUGAACUUAUUGUACUGCACUGCCCUACCCUGAUGUUCAUUCCCCCAGCUGCUCUUGUGGAGAGUUGAAGUGUUCCUUUUUGCUUUUCAAAUGAUACUUUUUCAAGCUUGUCAGAGCAGCCUUCUAAUGUGGGCUUGGCUGUUCCUGUCAGCACUCUUUUGGCUGCCUGAGAUUCAAGGUAACUGCACCUCUCCAGUACCACCACCCCACUCAACACUAAAGGAAGAUCCCCCGAAAAAAAGUUAUCCAGUUGGGACUAACCUGACAUACCAUUGCAUCACAGGUUAUGAAUAUAUACCUGGAAUUAACCCUUCAGUUACAUGCCUGAACACUUCAAAAUGGUCUGAAAUUUCAGAAUUGUGUCAGGGGAAAAAAUGUCCCGCUCCAAUUAUAGAGAAUGGCAAGGUAGAUGCUGAGGAUGACGUCCGCCUUGGUGGUAGUGUCACUUUCUCCUGUGUACCCGGGUUUAGGCUUAUUGGUGAAGCUACACGUAAGUGUAUUCUGAAAGACGGCAAGGUUGACUGGAAUAGCGCAUUGCCACAUUGUGAACACAUCCCUUGUGAGCGUCCUGUCAGUAUUCUCAAUGGACAAUAUGAUCCUGACCCUAAAGACGAAUAUUACGUUGGAUCAGUAGUAAUCUAUCGCUGCAAGGGUGAUUUCUCCCUGAUUGGACAUUCAACGAUCACAUGCAUAACUGCAGAAGAUGGCGUAAAUGGAAGGUGGAAUUUCCCUGCCCCUGAAUGUAAACAGGUCAAAUGUGAUCGACCAAAAGUGGAAAAUGGGAAAAUAACUAAUUUACCUAAGCCUUCAUAUACCUAUAAUGAGGCCAUCAGUUUUGAAUGCAAUUCUGGCUAUUCUGCUAUGGGAAGCCUCCAUAUUAAAUGUGGGGCUAACAGUUCUUGGGUUCCUGCCAUCCCCAAAUGUGUCAAAGAUAACUGCACCUCUCCGGUACUGCCACCUCAUUCAACACUUAAGGAAGACAUCCCAAAAGAAGGCUAUCCAGUUGGGACUAACCUGACAUACCACUGCAUCACAGGUUAUGAAUAUAUACCUGGAAUUAACCCUUCAGUUACAUGUCUGAACACUUCAAAAUGGACUGAAAUUUCAGAAUUGUGUCAGGGGAAAAAAUGUCCCGCUCCAAUUAUAGAGAAUGGCAAGGUAGAUGCUGAGGAUGACGUCCGCCUUGGUGGUAGUGUCACUUUCUCCUGUGUACCCGGGUUUAGGCUUAUUGGUGAAGCUACACGUAAGUGUAUUCUGAAAGACGGCAAGGUUGACUGGAAUAGCGCAUUGCCACAUUGUGAACACAUCCCUUGUGAGCGUCCUGUCAGUAUUCUCAAUGGACAAUAUGAUCCUGACCCUAAAGACGAAUAUUACGUUGGAUCAGUAGUAAUCUAUCGCUGCAAGGGUGAUUUCUCCCUGAUUGGAAAUUCAACGAUCACAUGCAUAACUGCAGAAGAUGGCGUAAAUGGAAGGUGGAAUUUCCCUGCCCCUGAAUGUAAACAGGUCAAAUGUGAUCAACCAGAAGUGGAAAAUGGGAAAAUAACUAAUUUACCUAAGCCUUCAUAUACCUAUAAUGAGGCUAUCAGCAUUGAAUGCAAUUCUGGCUAUUCUGCUGUGGGAAGCCUCCAUAUUAAAUGUGGGGCUAACAGUUCUUGGGUUCCUGCCAUCCCCAAAUGUGUCAAAGAGGUCAAAUGUGAUCAACCAGAAGUGGAAAAUGGGAAAAUAACUGAUUUAUCUAAGCCUUCAUAUAGCUAUAAUGAGAGCAUCAGCUUUGAAUGCAAUUCUGGCUAUUCUGCUGUGGGAAGCCUCCAUAUUACAUGUGGGGCUAACAGUUUGUGGCUUCCUGCCAUCCCCAAAUGUGUCAAAGUUACACUCCCCCCUACUCAAUCAAGUACAGUUAACGAAAAGCCAAAUACAACUUCAAAAGAUUAUGCAGAAUGUAACAGAACUACAGCACUUGGAAAACUGAUCAUCCUCCUGGCUGUUCUGUAUAAUUGCUGGUGAAGUCAUGAGACUGAACACAUGGAAAAUCUAUCAAGAUUUUAUCUGACUACAUUGAAUAUCUGCUUUGCUUAUUUAUUUAAUUUCAUUGCUAAACAUAAAAUACAAACUCCUAAAACCAUUUAUCUGUCGAUUUGUUUAUUGUAUUUAUAUUCCAUUUUUUUCUGAAAGCAGGAAUAUAUGGGUCACCUUAUUUUAUUCCCCAAAUGGCAGCCCUGUUUAAAAAAAAUGUCCUGAGGAUGACUGAGCAAGGGUUACCUCAUGAGUUCCAUAUUUUUUAAUAUGUUAUUAAAUUUCAAGAAAAAUUAAAAUACAAAAUAACUACAAAAAAAAGGGGGGAUUCAAAAGGUGAAAA